GUCGGAGUGAAGAAGACACACGAGAAUCAUUUGACUCCUCCGAAGAAGGGACCUAUUAGUAGUUGGUUAGAGAGCAAGAGUGAUACAAUGUCACGAUUUGGUAAAGAUAGACUGACAUCCACUCUUACACCUGCAGCUCCUUCACCUACCACUGUUCCAGUCACCUCAAAAGAGACACGAUCACGGAUUUUGAGAGAGUUGGAGUUCUUAGCUAUGGCUCAACGAAUGAUGUUUGAGGCCCUGCUGUCUGGUGUGACGUAUCCAAAGGCUCCACCACCACCACAUACCUCUCAGCCUACUUGUUCAAUACCAGCUGCAUCUACAGAAGUGCCACCUUCUACUUUUGUGAUUGAUCCUCGAGGAGAUGUGCAGGAGUUAGAUAGUAUUGAUUCUAAGGAGGAAGGGGAGUAUGGGUCUGAGUAUGAGUCAGAGGAGGAGGCUUCUAAUUAG